AUGAAGUUCGGUAGUCUAGCCCUAGGAUUGGCAUUGGUGGUGGGAAUUAUAUAUGCUGCGGAUAUCGAUGUGCGGCAGGCGGAUGUACAAUUGGAGGGGGAAUUUUCGAGGGAAUUUGGGAAUGGAUUGUUGGGGAGGGCUUUGACGAAUUUGCAGAUAUUUACAGGAUCGUUAGGUGGUGUUACAGCUGAUCCGAUAACCAAUUCUGGAGAUCAUUCCAGAUCUUUUAUGGUUGAGGGUGACACAUUUCCCGCAUUCACCGACGCCGUCUCCCGCUCCUGCGCAAACCAAAAUAAUAAAUGCGCCGACGCAGCUAAUAACCCCAAAGAAGCAACCAAGGACUUAAGUUUAAGGGAUUGGGAUAGAGGAAAUGGGAAUGGCGAGGUUGAAAGAGAUGGAUCGAGGGCUGGUCCCUUCAUCAACGAUGAUGUAAUGUUUAUCUGGGGCACGACAGAGGAGAGAGGAGAGAUGCGGAUGGGUGGAGAUGGGAUGACUUUUCCAUUUUUGUAUGAAGUAAAGGGCUUGAGAAGAAGGAAAGCUAAUUUCUCCAACAACUCAGCAUCGUGUAAAGCAGCUGGAGCAUCAGCUACCCAGACGAACUUUCAGGUGUUGACAAGUUCAAAUGCCGAGUUUGAUUUUAUUUGUGAUUCAUAG